UACGAAAUUUUUGUGUUUUAGCUUAAUUCUGUCAUUUUAGAUCAAAAUGGGAUGUGAUGGUGGUACGAUACCUAAGAGGGAUGAACUUGUCAGGACGAAGAAAAGACCAGAGCAGAAAGAUAAAACUGCUGAUCUUGAUGCCAAGUGGAAACAUUGUGCAAUAACUCAGGAACAACUUCGUGAACCAAUCAUGGCAUGUGAGCUUGGCAGGUUGUACAACAAAGAGGCAGUGUUGGAAUUUUUGAUUGACAGGACUAAAUUUGAGUGUGCCUCAAGCUUUGAACAUCUGCGUGGUCUCAAGGAUUUAAAAGAGUUAAAAUUGACAGAAAAUAAAGGCUAUGGACGACCAAAGAGUGAAAAAGGAGACAGCUAUAUUGACACACAAGACGCCAAGUACAUCUGCCCGGUAGUGGGGAUCACCAUGAAUGGAAAACAUGGGUUUAGCUUCAUCUGGUCCUGUGGAUGUGUUUUAUCUGACAGAGCUCUCAAAGAAGUCAAAUCUGACAUCUGUCAUAAGUGUGGCAGUAAAUUCUCCAGAGAUGAUGUGAUCACAUUAAAUGGGUCUGAUGAGGAUCUGGAGCGAUUACAGCAGAGAAUGAAGACGAGAAAGGAACAAGCCAAACUGGCAAAGAAAGCUAAAAAGCACAAAGCUGAAUCAACAGAAUCUGAAUCAAAAGUCACAGAUGCAAAGAAAGCAAAAACAGAAAAGCCAUCUACCAAGAGCUCUUCCCGUGAAGCAUCAGGGGGCCCCAAGGACAAACUUGUGACCCACACAAGCAUUCAGAAGGACCCUAAGGCCAGCUCUACCUACAAGUCUCUCUUCACCUCCAGUAGCAAAGCUAAAAAUCAACAAUCCGCUCACUGGGUCACUUACAAUCCAUUCUAUAACUGACAAGGGGGAUGUAGCCAAUAAGCCUAGCAUUAUAUGAAGAUGUACACUGAAAAUAUUCAUCAGAUCUAAAGAUUUCCAAACGUCAUAUGAAUUGUUUGUACAUGUAUUACAAUUCUUAAGAGAAUUCCAAUGAUGCAUACAAUUUUUUUUAAUAUUGAUUCAUGGCAUUAGUCAGUGGGAACAAUAUUCAAGGGCAAAUAGGAAUCUAUUUUGGAGGUAGUUCAUUGACUUUGAUUUGGUCAUAUAAAUGAUAAUCUGCAGUUUUUAUAAACAUGUAUGUACCACAAGAUAUAUUAAAAGUAUAACAGAAAGAUUACCGAAAUGAAUUCAAGUUGUCAUUGUUU